AGAGAGGGUCGAGCAGACCGAGUCAGUCGAUUUGAUUUCAACACUGAACGAAAAGUUUUCAUUCAGUACAAAAAUAGCCACCGUUCAACAAUUAUUUCCUUGAGACAGUUGCGUUGUUAAUUAUUAUUAUUUAUACAAUUAUAUAUAAGUAUAUAUUAUUAUUGUUACGUUAUAGUUAUAUAGGUAUUUUAUUUUUCAAUACGUCGAAAUCGUAAUUUUCUCCGAAAAAACAGAAGAUAUCGCAAUAUGAGCGGCCGUAGCAGAUUCGCGUUCGGCAGCCAGACCCAGGCGCCCCAGUACCAGAACCGAUGCGCUCUGUGCUUGACCACGACCACGGAGGACGGUAACGCGACGGCUGUCUGCCAGCACACGGCCAGCGUCGAGUCGGCGCUGCACUAUCUGCGUAAUUACGGCGCGCCGACGAGUCCGCCGUACGGGCCGCCGCCGCCGCAUCACGGCCAGCAGGACGCGGCCCCGGCCCCGGCGACGUCUGCGCUCCCGUCGUUCGGCGGCUGUUCCCCGCCCGUCUCGCCCAACUACUACACGCUGGCCGAGUUCCUGUUGCGCAUGAACCGCAUGCAGCAGGAGAACAGCGGUGCCGGCUACCAUCACUUGCGCCAGCCACCGAUCUCGUCCAGGCCGCCCAAGCCCAAGUCCGAGAUGGGAUGCCUGCGCGAGUGCGCGUUCUGCAAGAGCAACGGCGAGACGGCCGAGUUCUACAAGUCGCACUUCCUCAAGGACCCCGUCGGCCGCGUCAGAUGCCCGAUACUGCAACGGUAUCAAUGUCCAUUUUGUUACGCAACUGGAGAGAACGCACACACAAGGCGUUACUGUCCAAAAAAUCCAAACAAAAUGUGUUUUAUCAAAGGAGAUCAACUUGUUAAGCAAAAUUUGCAGUGAAAAAUAAAUAUUAUUGUUUAUAUGUUUAGUUAAUAUAUUAUAAAAUAAUUGUUUUGGAUUUAAUAAUUAUAGUAAUUAAUAAUGAAUAUGUUAUUAAUGAUUUUAUGAAUAGAUAACUACAAUUAUAUUUAAAAAUAAUUUUACUUAG